AAAUGGAGGCAAGUUGUCUAAUGACCAUCAGCAGAAUCCAUCAAAGUUACAGCACACAGGAAAAGACACCGUGAAGGCUGGCAAAAACGCAGUGGAGAGGAGGUCAAGCAGAUGGUGAACAGUCCUUUAUCCUGACAGGGAGACACUGUUGAUACUAAGUUACUUUUUUACCUCUAUACCUCUUGGUAACGGUAACUCAGGAUUUGAAGGACAGAGUCGAUAUGUACCAUCUUCUGGGAUGUCCGCCAAGGAACUCUGUGAAAAUGAUGACUUAGCAACCAGUUUGGUUCUUGAUCCCUAUUUAGGUUUUCAAACACACAAAAUGAAUACUAGCGCCUUUCCUUCGAGGAGCUCAAGGCAUUUUUCAAAAUCUGACAGUUUCCCUCACAACAACCCUGUGAGAUUUCGGCCUAUUAAAGGACGGCAAGAGGAACUGAAGGAAGUAAUCGAGCGUUUUAAGAAAGACGAGCACUUGGAGAGAGCCUUCAAAUGUCUGACCUCAGGCGAGUGGGCGCGGCACUGCUUCCUCAACAAGGACAAAGUGCAGGAGAAGUUGUUCAAGGAGCAUGUGUUCAUUUACUUGAGAAUGUUUGCAACUGACAGUGGGUUUGAAAUACUGCCUUGUAAUAGAUACUCAUCAGAGCAAAACGGAGCCAAGAUAGUCGCGACAAAAGAGUGGAAACGAAAUGACAAAAUAGAAUUACUGGUGGGUUGUAUUGCCGAACUUUCAGAAAUUGAGGAGAACAUGCUACUUAGACAUGGAGAAAACGACUUCAGUGUCAUGUAUUCCACAAGGAAAAACUGUGCUCAGCUCUGGCUUGGUCCUGCUGCAUUUAUAAACCAUGAUUGCAGACCUAACUGUAAGUUCGUGUCAACUGGCCGCGACACCGCGUGCGUGAAGGCUCUAAGAGACAUUGAACCUGGAGAGGAGAUUUCUUGUUACUAUGGAGAUGGGUUUUUUGGAGAAAAUAAUGAAUUCUGCGAGUGUUACACAUGUGAAAGACGGGGAACCGGUGCUUUCAAAUCCAGAGUGGGACUGCCCGCGCCUGCUCCUGUUAUCAAUAGCAAAUAUGGACUCAGAGAAACAGAUAAACGUUUAAAUAGGCUUAAAAAGUUAGGUGACAGCAGCAAAAAUUCAGACAGUCAAUCUGUCAGCUCUAACACUGAUGCAGACACCACUCAGGAAAAAAACAAUGCAACUUCUAGCCGAAAAUCUCCAGUUGGUGUGAAGAAGACCAGCAAGAGCAGAACAUUGACAAGGCAGUCUGUGUCAGCAAUCCCAGCUUCUUCCAACUCUACCUCAUCCAAGCUAGCUCAUGUAAAUAGUUCCAGGGUACCAAAGAAACUGAAGAGGCCCGCAAAGACUCUGCUUUCUAAGGUGAAAUUACGAAAUCACUGCAGACGGCUGGAGCAGAAGAGCGCUUCGAGAAAGCUCGAGAUGGGAAACUUAGUCCUUAAAGAGCCUAAAGUAGUUCUGUAUAAAAAUUUGCCCAUUAAAAAAGAUAAGGAGCCGGAGGGACCAGUACAAGCCGCAGUGGCUAGUGGGUGCUUAACCAGACAUGCAGCACGAGAGCACAGACAGAACUCUGGGCGCGGGGCCCCUCCGCCCGGGGAGGGCGUUCCGGGCACCUACACGACCCGGCGGUCCGUGAGGACGAGAGUGAAUCUGAAGGAGACCUCUGACAUCAAGCUUGAACCAAAUACGUCCGAAGACUAUGAAAGCAGCCUGGCUGAGCCUCGCCCAGACGGCGAGCAGCUGACCCCUGCGACGCAGGGAGAAGAACUGGCCCAGGACUCUGUGCAGGAGGAGGAGGCACGGUGUCCGAAGAGUGACAGCGGCAUUGCGAAGAAGAAGUCCCGGCAAGGAAAACUUGGGAGACAGUUGGGGAAAGCAGAGGAACCCACUGCGGUGCAUGGUCCCCCUGGGAGAGCCGGGGUGCCCGGUGUGCUGGGGCCCCUCCCGGACCAGGGCGAGCACAGCGGCUCAGAGGGUGUGCCCGGCAGCUACAUGGACUGGGCGCCCUCGCCUGUUGAUGGCUCGGUGGUGACAUCAGACAGCUGCAAAACGAAAGACGGCUUCAGAACUGCAAAAAGUAAAAAGAAGAGGCGGAUCACAAGGUAUGAUGCACAGUUAAUCCUGGAGAAUAAUUCUGGGAUUCCCAAAUUGACUCUUCGCAGGCGUCACGAUAGCAGCAGCAAGACCAACGACCCAGAGAACGAUGGAAUGAAUUCUUCCAAAAUAAGCAUCAAGUUGAGUAAAGACCAUGAGAACGAUAACAAUCUCUAUGUAGCAAAGCUUAAUAAUGGAUUUAACUCAGGAUCGGGCAGUAGUGCUACAAAAUUAAAAAUCCAGCUCAAGCGGGAUGAGGAGAGUCGGGGGCCGUGUACAGAGGGGCUUCACGAAAACGGGGUGUGCUGCAGUGACCCUCUCUCUCUCCUGGAGUCGAGAAUGGAAGUCGAUGACUAUAGUCAGUACGAGGAAGAAAGUACAGACGAUUCCUCCUCUUCGGAGGGGGACGAAGAGGAGGAUGACUAUGAUGAUGACUUUGAAGAUGACUUUAUUCCCCUUCCCCCAGCCAAGCGAUUGAGGCUAAUAGUUGGGAAAGACUCUAUAGAUAUUGACAUUUCUUCCAGGAGAAGAGAAGAUCAGUCCUUGCGGCUUAACGCGUAAGCUCGGGGCCUUGUCUGACCUGGGAUAAGCUACUUCAAUAAAAAUUCCGAUGUGUUCCUCAACUGAAACGUUUGAGCGGCGGCACUUCUCUCGUUUCUUCACUUAGCAGCAGAACAUGUAGAACGUGAACAGCGUACUGACUCUUCUGAAGUCUGCUUUGUGCACAUUUUUAUUGUACUUUUUAAAUAGCCUUCUUACGUGCAAUCCUGAGGUAGGUAAAGCCUGUCGUCAAGUCGAGGCUCGCGCAAGCUGUCCGGGGUUAGCAGCUCUCCGCACGGGACGCUGAACACAGUCACGUGGCUGCACAGGUUCUUUCUGACUUCGAGGGGUCAGCGGGCUCUUCCCUCUGUGACUAAACGUGAUCCGAGCCCACCGCAGUAGCAGCGUGUUGAGGUUUUCUAGCACAGCUAACAUCACCAGCAGCAGUCUUGGCUUUUCGGUUUCUUCGCUAAAUGUUCCCCUGGAGUUUGGUCAGUCCCACAGUGUUUGCUGGCCAGGCGUCCUGUGCGUGGCCUCGGCUACCAGCAGACCAUCAGUGGGAAGGCCAGUUGGGUUCUUGAAAAGUACAGUUACCACGCGUGACGGCCAGCUUCUCAGUACAUCAUAUGUACGAGGUUAGCAGUGUGCAGGAGGGGUUUCAGUACAGCGUAUUUAUUGCUUGUCCUGUAAAUUAAAGACCUUGUAUUUAACACUUUUCAAUACUUUUAGAUAAAUUGUUCUCUGCAAGAAUGGUGCUUAUUUUUUCAGAAACUUGCUGUGAGCAGUGUGGAGGCGACAAGCAGUCUGCCCUGGGAACUGCAGCGGUCUUGGUUGGGGGCUUCGAGUUUUCUGUUGCACUUGUAAAAUGCUACAAGGAAUAUUAAAAACUCUAUUCACUUUAACUUAUAAUAGUUUAUGAAAUAAAAACAUGAGUCACAGCUUUUGUUCUGUGGUAACCUAUAAAAAUGUUUGUCUUUGAAAUUCAAUGUAAAGAACUGAAAGCAAUGUAUAUGUUGUAAAUAUUUGUGUGUUGUGAGAAAUUUUUGUCAUAAGAAAUUAAAAGAACUUACCAGGAAGGUUUUUAAGUUUAGAAAUAUCCAUGCCAAUAAAAUAGGAAAUUAUAAAUACAUAGUUUUAAGCACUGCAUCAGUGGGAGUUUUUGGCUUAUGUUAGUUUAUGUAUGAAAAUAUCAAAGAGUUUUUUACUAUAUUACCAGUUAAACAAAAAGAAGAGUCAGAUUUAAUUUGUUUUUGAAGCACUUUGAGAAGAUAAAUUAAUUUUAAGUAACUUAAUGAGCAAAAUUUUACUACUUUAUGUUCAGUACCAUCCUUUUAUGUUUCCGGAUUACUUUACAAGUCAUCAGACGGCGAGUCGGGGGCAUGAGUCUGCACCGGUGCGGGCACCCGCGGGGUCUCUGGGAGGGCCGUGUACCUGGGUGCACGUGGCCCUAAGCAGCGCCGGCGCAGGGGUUCCUGCGGUGUCCUGAAAGGUCGCCCCGGUUUCAGUGUGGAAUCCGCAGGUGAUCAGAGUCCCGCGGAGACUCUGUCGCCCCUGGAUUCCCGCCACUUCCCCGAUUCUGGGAGGUGAAGCUCCUUAACACUAUUGCCAGUAGGUUCCAAGUAGAAAUUAAUAAUAUUCAUAAAAGUUUCUUAAAUGUAGACGUUUUUUCUCCUUACGUUCUUCAAGGCAUUACGUCUAUAGUCUUGUGUUGUCUCAUUCUCCUGUGUUACGGUGCGGUUAAUCCCUCAGGUAUUAAUGUGGCAGCACGUGGCACCACCCAGCCCCCCCGCUCCGUCUCGAGUCCUCACUGGCCGAGGGGCGGCCCCAGGCCGGCUGUCCCGGCUCUCGGAGCACUUUACAGACCACAGCCAGGCCUCACGUGUCCCUGUGGCGAAGUGUGAGACUCACGAGGAAGGUCAGGCGUAGACCCUGUGUCUGGAAAUACCAGGGAGCAGGGGUCACCUCUUCAUCCCCACUUAGCUCGGAGUGUUUUGUAGACAGGACCAUACCAUGAACUGCUUCUUGGAAUACCAACAAUAGCCGCUUCAGGAAUUUCAGACUUACGGAAAAAGUAAUAAAAUGUAUUUCCCACUUCUCUCCAUUUUUAAGCUUCAUCCUAGUAAUUUAUGAUGUUAGUUUUAACUGUGUCGCGGCCUCGUCCUUUGAGGCUGACCUUCCCGUGGUCUGAACAGUGACACCUGGUCGCAGUCCCUGCCCGGGAGUCGGUGCACACCAGCUCGGCAGCCAUGCAGACCCUCCCAGGGAAACCUCCUUUCCGGUGUUGAAGUCGGGGGCCUCCGAGCGGGGCAGCUCCGCCAUGUGCUGACCCCGGGAAGAGGUCAAUCAGACUUUCCUUCAGUAAGACUCUCAGCUUGAGCUUUUGCAAUGAAUGGUCAAGACGUUCGCAUUGUAAGAAUUAGGAAAUGAUCGUAGAAAUA